AUGCGAGGCCUCCUUCAUCCAAAGGUAAGAAAUCCGACCAUUGAGGCAACUCCCGAUACAACAAGUGUGAUCAGCCACGUGAUCCUCGCCUUUCAGCGCUCUUAUAUACCGACGACCCGUAUAGCAUCCACGGUAUUCCCCCCUCUUCUCUCAAAAGAAAGAACCCCCAAAGACACUUCUAGACCAGAAACUCUUUCCCAGUUGCGAUCUCAGAGUCAGCACCGGACGUAUCCUCCCUCCCAAAUCCACCCUCCCAAUCCAAGCAAUACCCCACAGACCCUUUUCCCACCGGGCAUCGGGUACAACACCCACCCCAUUGUAUCCCGGUUCAUUCGUCGCACCGACCCUACGCAGAUCCUCCUCUACACCGACGGUGCCUAUCUCAAGAACAGUAGAUCCCACCCCCAAGCAGACCACGGCAUUAUCUUCAGACCUUCCAAGGACCUACCUCCGGACCCCAAGCUAGAGAACAACUCCAACUUCCGUCUCGAGAACGAAGGUCCCACUGACGAAGAAUAUCCAACGAGUACCAGGGCCGGCUGGAUUACGGGCCGUGAUCGCGGCGUGUCGAGGGGGCGACGACUUGGGUUGCGGGAUGGAUCCAGCGGGGCUGGAAGACGAGCACGGGGGAUGCCGGUCAAGAAUCGGGAUCUGUGGGAGUGUCUGCUGGGGGAAAUGGAGCGGUGGGAUGAUGCUGGCUUGCGGAUCCAGUUCUGGCGGAUUCCGAGAGAUUGGAAUACUGAUGCAGAUUUGUAUGCGAAACAGGGCGCAUUGAAGACCCCACGGAGCGAGUUCGCGGAUAUUUCCGGGGUGCUUGUUUAG